AUGCUUGCGAUCACGUCACGGACCCUUGCGGCGCGCAUGGCUCCCAUGAGGCUUGCCCGUGGGUUUGGUACUUCGUCUGCCAGGCAGAAUGCCGCUUCUGGAAUUAGUGUGAGCCCGCUUCCACCGAGGAAGCCUAUCGGUGCGCUGAGGGGAGGACUCUUCGGCUUCUUCCUCGGCACCACCGCCGCCGGUGCCGGAGUCUAUUACUACGCCGUGCAGGAGUAUAAGGCGUCCAACGAGCUGCUUACUGAGGACAUUUACGUGCGUCUUUGCAUCUGA